CACUUCUCUAUUAGUAGAAGUUUCAACAAAGUGUUGAAGGCUUUGAAUACAAUAGCACCAGAUUUUAUGGCUAAACCAGAGUCUGUACCAUACAUCAUCAAGGAGAGCACAAGGUUUUAUACUUACUUUAAGGAUUGCGUUGGAGCGAUAGACGCGACCCAUAUUCCAGCAAUGGUAGUUGGGCGUGAAGUGAGUAGUUAUCGGAAUCGUCAUGGGACUAUAUCUCAAAAUGUCUUAGCUGUAUGUAAUUUUGAUCUGCAAUUCAUUUACGUGCUUAGUGGAUGGGAGGGAUAUGCCCAUGAUUCAAAAGUUUUAAAUGAUGCACUUUCUAGACUAAAUGGGCUCAAAGUGCCAUCAGCUCCGGAUGAAGACACAACAAAUGAAACAGAUGAGAGUUUUGAAUGGGAUGAUACUCAGACACAAGAUCAACAACGAGAGAAAGCUAACGAAUGGAGAUUGAAUCUUGCAAAUCAUAUGUGGGCAGCAACUAAUAGUGAAAAUAGUUAAUUCGUUACUUUAAUUAUUUUACAACUAGAUUUGUUUUCAUUUUUGUUGCAACAUUUGAUUGAGAUGAUAAAUUUAAUACAAUGCAAUGUUUUCC